ACAAUCAAAUUAAUAUGAGAUUAGAUUUAAUAAUAAAUAGAUUAAACUAAAAGAAAUUGAAGGAUCAGUGUAGGCGAUAGCAAAGGAAAGGCGGUGGGCGCGUGACACGAUAGCAUGGCUCGUCGACGUUAACGGUGAGCUAACCGACAAUCGAAUUUGGACCGUUGAGGCCUCCUCCUUGCGGCGCGGUUCACCGGAACCAUAUGUAAUCUCUUACUCUUUCUUCUUCCCUCAGUUAAACGAUAUUUGAUUGAUGCAUUGAUUGAUGAAACGAUGUUGGCGAUUGCCGGAACUUCCUUUCUACCCGCCAAACCCUUUCGACCUCGCCAAUUUCGUGUUUAUAGGCGCCGAAGGAUCAAAAUCAAUUCCUCCUUACCUAUUCCGCCAUCACCCGAACCUUUUCACAAUCUAUUCCACAGUUUAAUCGCUCAAUAUCCCUCUGUUAAUUCUCUCGAUUUCAUAACUCCCGCUCUCGGUUUCGCUUCUGGCGUCGCGCUUUUCUUCUCACGCUUCAAAUCUCGCGAUGAUUCUUCGCUCUCCGAUAUUGGCGAGUGGAUCCUCUUCGCCUCUCCGACGCCGUUUAACCGUUUCGUGCUGCUUCGGUGUCCUUCCAUUUCGUUUCAGGGGAGUGAUUUCGAGGGCGUGGGCGAGAGGCUGGUGAGAGAGGAGAGGCAUUACGUAAGCAUCAACAGUGGGAGGAUUCAGGUGCCGAAGAGAGGGAGGGAUUUGGAGGAUGAGGAGUUGUUCAAGUAUCAGAGAGUGUGCGUGAGUGCUGAUGAUGGAGGUGUGGUUUCGUUGGAUUGGCCUGCAAACUUGGAUUUGGAAGAGGAGCGUGGAUUGGAUUCUACGCUCUUGCUUGUUCCAGGAACGCCUCAAGGGAGCAUGGACAGUAACAUUAGGUUCUUUGUGCUUGAAGCUCUCAAGAGGGGCUUUUUCCCUGUUGUCAUGAACCCCAGAGGAUGUGCGGCUUCACCUCUCACCACUCCCCGGGUAUUUACAGCUGCUGACAGCGAUGAUAUCUGCACAGCUAUAACAUAUAUAAACAAUGCAAGGCCGUGGACAACCUUGAUGGGUGUUGGCUGGGGAUAUGGUGCAAACAUGCUGACAAAAUACCUUGCAGAGGUUGGGGAAAGAACACCAUUGACAGCUGCCACAUGUAUAGACAAUCCUUUUGAUUUAGAUGAAGCUACAAGGUCCUCUCCUUAUAACAUAGUGACUGAUCAGAAACUCACAGGUGGACUGGUAGAUAUUCUACAAGCCAAUAAGGCACUAUUCCAAGGCAAAACAAAAGGUUUUGACGUGGAAAAAGCUCUGUUGGCAAAAUCCGUACGUGAUUUUGAAGAAGCAAUAUCUAUGGUAUCUUAUGGGUUUGGGAAUGUAGAAGAUUUUUAUUCAAAAUCCAGCACAAGAAAUAUGAUUAAGGAUGUUAAAAUUCCUGUUCUCUUUAUACAGAGUGAUAAUGGGAUGGUUCCCAUGUUCUCAGUUCCACGGAAUCUGAUUGCAGAAAAUCCAUUUACAAGUUUGCUCCUAUGUUCUUGGUUACCAUCUAGUGUUACUAAUACUGAAAUGUCGGCUUUAUCAUGGUGUCAGCUUCUAGCAAUUGAGUGGCUCACAGCAGUGGAACUGGGACUCUUGAAGGGCCGUCAUCCUCUUCUGACAGAUAUAGAUGUUACCAUAAAUCCUUCUAGAGGAUUAACUGUUGUAGAGCAAGUAAGGUCAAAUAAAGAUGCUAAAGUCAGCAAACUGUUGGAUCUUACUCGGUCAGAUGCAUUUAAUGGAUACUCUAUUGAUCCUACUAAUGAUUUCGUAGAAGAAGAGAAGAAUGAUGCUAGCAUCCAAUUUAGGUCCCAAAAAGAUCUACAGAUAAAAAAUGAUCCAUUACAGCAGACUAGCUCUACUGAUGCAGAUUUGAUUGAAAAGGAGAAUGUUGCCUCAGUAGAUAGUGAACAUGGUCAAGUUCUACAGACGGCGCAAGUGGUAAUAAAUAUGCUUGAUGUUACCAUGCCUGGUACUCUAACAGAAGAGAAGAAGCAAAAGGUAUUAACUGCUGUGGGUCAGGGAGAGACACUCAUGAAAGCUUUACAAGAUGCUGUUCCAGAAGAUGUCCGUGGAAAGUUAACAGAUGCAGUGACUGGAAUUUUGCAUGCAAGGGGCUCUGACUUGAAGGUUAAUAGGAUUCUAAGUAUUGCUCAGGCUCCUGAAUCAUUAUCAGUGCAAAAGAACCAAGAAAAAGUCAAAGUAUCAGGUCCAGAAGUUAUGGUUGAAGAUCAGUCCGCUGUUAAUCAGAUGAAAAAGACUAGUAGUCCUAUAAAUGACUCUGAUAAUGCUCCAAGUAGUGUGGGUGAGCUUGCUGAGGGAACAGAAACACAUGUUCUUCCCCUAGACGAGAAAUCACCAAAUUCUACAAAUUUAGUCCAAUCUCAAGAAUCAAGUGAUGAAGCUGGUUCUUCCAGUUCUCUUAGGAAGGAAACUGAUGAGUCUAAAGACAAUAAUGACACACAUGAAGAAUCGACAGGAAAAGCUGUUCCGGAUAUUGAUCAUAGCAAGAAUGGAUUGGAAACAGGUGCCAAACCAUACACUUCAAGCCUUCCUGAUGGAGCAGCUGGAUUUGAAGCAGCAGCCGUUGGUGAGCAGAAAAGCCAAAACAGUGGAAUAGAUCAAAUAGACACGAAGGAGGAAAAUAAUAUCCUCAAGGUUGAACAGAAAACUCAGGAUUUCUCCAGUGAUCAAAGUAAAACAUCUUCAACUGAUGCAAAAGACGAACCCUCUUCACCUUCUACAUCCUCUAAGCACCAGAGAAUUGAAAAUGAAGGUAAUGAUAGUGAGAAAAAGGAUAACAAGAAUAUGCAGCCUGUUUCACUCCAAACUAACUCUACUAAUUCAGACUCUAGUACCCCAGCCUUCAGUGUUUCUCAAGCAUUGGAUGCCCUGGCAGGGAUGGACGAUUCCACCCAAGUGGCUGUUAACAGUGUUUUUGGUGUGAUUGAAAAUAUGCUAUCUCAGCUUGAGCAGAGCUCAGAGAAUGAUGAAGUCAAGGAGGAAAAAGAUGUUGAACACAAUUUAGAAGAAAUGAAAAAAAAUAAUAGUGAAAGAAAGGAUUCCAACACAUCUGAUGAGCCUUUGGAAGAUGAUUACCAUAAUAGUGGGUACUCGAAGAAUAAUUCUUGUCAUACAGCAGAACAACCAACUCAAAGCCUCAGCAAAAUUAAUGGGAACAGUGUAUUAAAUUCUCAAAAUAGUAACUCUAAUGACCACCUAAUUCAGAAAGGAAGUAAUAUGAAUACUCAAUUGAUUGACAAACGAUUUCUAAUUGAUAAAUUGGAUGGACACAGACACAUUAAUAGGAUGCCGGAGUUAAUAGCUGCAGAUUCAUACAGGGUUUCUCCUUACAAUGAAUACCUCCGUAAAUAUCUUGUUUCAAAGAUUCCUACCAAACCACUUGAUUUAGACACAACAACUGCAUUAUUGCUUGACUAUUUCCCAGAAGAAGGUCAAUGGAAACUCUUCGAACAACCACAAAACAUGGAAAUUGCUUCUUCUAAUGCUGAGACUUGUGAGGAGGCUGGGCACAAGAUGAAGCCCCCAUCAUCUGUAAAGUCUUCUAAAGCAGAGCAAUAUAUUGAGCCACCAUAUGUAAUAUUAGAUACUGAAAGGCAGCAAAAACCUGUCAAAAAUUUCAUAGCAACAGAUGGUGAGAGUAGAAUGACCAAUACCAGUGAUGACAGGUCAGAGGAAUUGGUACAAUUUGUUAAAAAGAGAGUGUUAGAUUCUUUGAAGAUGGAAGUUGGUCGCAAGCUGAAUGCUGCAGAAAUGGUAGAAAUGAAAUCAAAGCUUGCUGAAGAUUUGGAACAAGUGGCAAAUGCACUUUCAUUGGCUGUUGUACAUAGCAAGGUGAAACAACUAUACACUGAAAUUCACGGUCAUAAUGUGGAGGAUUCUAUAGAAAAGCUAGGUACUCUUGAUGGAGAACAUAUUAUUAGGAUAAUUUCAUCCUCUGUUCAGAAGACUAGCUGCCUGAGAAAAGUGAUGCCUGUUGGUGUUAUAGUUGGAUCCAUCUUAGCUUCCUUGAGGAAAUAUUUUAAUGUAACUUCACUUCAAGAUAAUGGCCAGAGAAGAUCUCUGACCUUUGAUGAUGGGGAAAAACCUAGCGAACAGAAUUAUGGCGUGGGAGGUGUAACAGUGAUAGAUAAAUUAUUGGAAGAGAAAACUAGUUUGGGCCAUCCCGUUGAGACAAAGAUAGUAGAAAGUGAAUCAGAAGAUACGAGUAAAAAUACUGUCAUGGUUGGUGCUGUUACAGCUGCUCUUGGGGCUUCUGCUUUACUUAUGCAGCAGGAUUCACAACGAGAAAAUGAAACUGCUAAUAGCUCAUCCACAUCUUUGAAAAUGAAAGAUCACCAUAAAAAAGGGUCAGAUUCAUUUGAGGAGGAAGUCUUUAAGAGCCAGAAUAACAUAGUCACAAGCCUUGCCGAAAAAGCCAUGUCAGUUGCCGGUCCAGUUGUACCUACUAAAGAAGAUGGUGGGGUGGAUCAAGAAAGACUGGUUGCAAUGCUAGCUGAUUUAGGACAGAGAGGAGGAUUUUUGAGGCUAGUUGGAAAGAUUGCUUUGCUUUGGGGUGGUAUACGUGGUGCAAUGAGUUUGACAGACAGGCUUAUCUCAUUCUUACAUAUUGCUGAACGUCCCUUGUUUCAUAGGAUUUUUGGAUUUGUUGGCAUGAUCCUUGUUCUAUGGUCUCCUGUUGCCAUUCCAUUGCUUCCAACAAUUGUUCAAAGCUGGACAACAAAGACUUCAUCCAAAAUAGCUGAGUUUGCUUGCAUUGUUGGCCUGUACACUGCUAUAAUGAUACUUGUUAUGUUAUGGGGGAAAAGAAUCCGUGGGUACGAAAAUGCAUUUGAGCAGUAUGGGUUGGACUUGACAUCACCAGAAAAGCAAUUUGAAUUUUUGAAAGGCUUGGUUGGCGGAGUCGGCAUCAUUUUGUCAAUCCAUGCUGUGAAUGCAUUCCUUGGUUGUGCAAGCUUUUCUUGGCCUCAGACUCCAACUUCUUUUGAUGCCAUGACUUGGCUAAAAGUGUAUGGACAAAUGGUUCUGGCAGUUGUUCAAGGAACUGUAAUGGCAAGUGCUAUUGCACUGGUGGAAGAAUUACUUUUUAGGUCAUGGUUGCCCCAGGAAAUUGCAGUUGAUCUUGGAUAUCAUCAUGGAAUUAUCAUUUCAGGAUUGGCAUUUUCUCUCUUCCAGAGGUCGCUACUUGCAAUACCAGGACUUUGGCUUUUGUCUUUCUCUUUGUCAGGUGCCCGGCAGAGAAAUGGAGGCAGCCUCUCCAUCCCUAUCGGGCUCCGUGCAGGCAUGAUGGCAUCUACUUUUAUCUUGCAAAAGGGUUGUUUUUUAACAUAUCAUAACAAGGGCAACUUUUCUCCCUGGAUAAUUGGGACUCAUCCUUUUCAACCAUUUAGUGGUUUAGUUGGUUUGAUAUUUUCUUUAUCAUUAGCAAUACUUCUCUACCCUAGACAGACUUCACAAAAAAGAGAAGCUCAGGAAUCAAAAGAAGUUUAUGAUUAAUAUUUUUAGAGUUAUGAAUUUGGCAAUGGCCUCAUGCUAAUAUUGCCAAAAUUGGAGGUAACUUGUGAUUCUACAUUACACGGUCCAAGUUUUUCUUGUAGAAUGUGAAGACAGUAAUAGAGGGACAUGCAAAGAAAGAUGGAAUAUUGGAAAAUUAAAGGCUUACUAUCUUGUAGAAUUCUCGUCUUGAACUAGAGGCAAACACAAGUGACUGUGGGUUUUAGAUUUUAGGUAUCAUUUACAAGGUCAAUUUUGUAAGUAGAAAAACUACAGGUUUGUAAAAAGAUUUUUGUAUUUUGUUUUUUUCACUUUAUUAGCCAAUCAAAGUGUACAGUUCGGUUACUGUAAAUUUUGCUAGUUGUAUCACUAUUUAUCAUUUGAUGCAGAGGAGCUACUGAGCUAGGAUAUAAGACCCUAGGACGGUGUAAGCUAAGUUUUGCUCUCCUCUUUUCCUUUUUCUUAUGUUUGUCAUUUUCAGAGGCAUCUUUAUAUUGUAACACUUAGUCACGAGUGACUAAUAUUUUUUAAAGUGAGGAGAAUCCAUUUUAC